AGUACAACUUGUGUCGCUUUUGGUUAUUGAAAACAUUUUCCGCCUAGGCGCGGUGUUAUUCUUUUCACCAUGGCUACCAUGACUAUGACAUCGCAGGAAAUUAAAAGGGCCGCCAAGAAGAACGCAAAGAACGUCCCAGAGAACGAGCGAUUCAUGCGAGCAUGCUCCGACAUUGCAAAUGCUCUCAUUCAAGACUAUGAGUCGCACAGAGACUCUAACAAGCCCAAGAAAGAUCUCAAUCUCAACAAGUUGCGCGCUACCUUUUCGAAGAAGCACAGCUUGUCCAGUUCCCCGCCACUGACGGCCAUUAUCGCGGCAGUGCCUGAGCACUACAAGAAAUACAUCCUGCCAAAGCUGAUUGCGAAGCCGAUUCGAACCUCCUCUGGUAUCGCCGUGGUGGCGGUUAUGUGCAAACCCCAUCGAUGCCCCCACAUCGCGUAUACCGGUAACAUCUGUGUCUAUUGCCCUGGUGGCCCCGACUCCGAUUUCGAAUACUCGACUCAGUCAUAUACUGGAUAUGAACCAACCUCGAUGCGCGCAAUCCGCGCUCGUUACGAUCCGUUUGAGCAGGCGCGAGGACGUGUGGACCAGAUCAAAGCUCUCGGUCACAGUGUGGACAAGGUGGAAUACAUUAUCAUGGGCGGAACAUUUAUGUCCCUACCGGAAGAUUACCGAGACACCUUCAUCUCCCAGCUUCACAACGCACUGAGUGGAUAUCAAACGGACAAUGUUGACGAGGCCGUGCUGGCAGGCGAAAUGAGCAACGUGAAGUGUGUGGGUAUCACAAUCGAAACCCGGCCAGAUUACUGUCUGGAUACGCAUCUGAGCAGCAUGCUCCGCUACGGUUGUACGCGGUUGGAAAUUGGUGUGCAGAGUCUGUAUGAGGACGUUGCCCGAGACACCAACCGCGGCCACACUGUAGCAGCAGUAGCUGAGACGUUCAGGCUUGCUAAAGAUGCCGGUUUCAAGGUUGUCAGCCACAUGAUGCCCGAUCUACCUAACGUUGGAAUGGAGCGCGAUCUAUUCCAGUUCCAGGAGUACUUCGAGAACCCCAACUUCCGCACCGACGGUCUCAAACUCUACCCCACGCUUGUCAUUCGAGGCACCGGUCUCUACGAGCUGUGGCGCACCGGCCGUUACAAGAACUACACGCCCAACGCACUUAUCGACCUUGUCGCACGUAUUCUUGCCCUAGUUCCCCCUGGACCCCGUGAUAUCCCCAUGCCACUUGUUACCUCCGGUGUCGAGAACGGCAACCUGCGCGAACUAGCAUUGGCGCGUAUGAAGGACUUCGGUACUACCUGCCGUGAUGUCCGCACGAGAGAAGUCGGUAUCAACGAAGUUAAGAACAAGAUCCGUCCAUCGCAGAUUGAGUUGAUCCGCCGUGACUACACUGCCAAUGCUGGAUGGGAGACUUUCUUGGCAUACGAAGACCCGAAGCAGGAUAUUCUCAUUGGAUUGCUUCGUCUGCGCAAGUGCAGUGAGACUCACACAUUCCGCCCUGAGUUUACCGGCCAGCAGACGAGUAUCGUCCGCGAGCUUCACGUCUACGGUUCUGCUGUGCCGCUUCACGGGCGUGAUGCCCGCAAGUUCCAACACCGUGGUUUUGGAACUUUGUUGAUGGAGGAGGCGGAGCGUAUUGCCCGCGAGGAGCACGGUAGUCGCAAGAUCAGUGUUAUCUCCGGUGUUGGUGUGCGUAGCUACUAUGCUCGUCUCGGGUACUUCCUUGAUGGUCCUUACAUGUCCAAGAUGUUGGAUCCAUGGGAGGACGAGGAGUAA